AUGUCUACGAAACAGUACAAGCAAGCAGGCGAAGAUGUGUGGAAGAACCGGACAGAGAAGAUCAACGCGGAGCUGUUCACACUCACGUACGGCUCUUUGGUGAUCCAGCUCAUCAAGGACUACGAGGACUACGCCGAGGUGAACAAGCAGCUUGAAAAGAUGGGAUACAACAUCGGCACGCGAUUGAUAGAGGACUUUCUCGCACGCACCAACCUGUCCAAGUGCUCCGACUUUCGCGAGGUGGGCGAGGUGGUGAGCAAGGUCGGAUUCAAGAUGUUCCUCAACAUCACACCCAACGUCGUGCACCAUCAGCAAGAAGAGGCAAGCUUGCCUGCUGCAGCGCAAAGUGCAAACUCGACACAGCCAGCGUCUGGGGCGCCGGCACCAGCUGGGGUCACUGCACCCGGAGGCGUGCGGGAAUUCAGCUUGAUAUUGGACGAGAAUCCUCUGGCCGAGUUUGUCGAGCUGCCGCAGGAUGCUGCGGCUGGGGGACUGUGGUUCAGCAACGUGCUUGCCGGAGUGCUACGUGGUGCUCUCGAGAUGGUGCAGAUGCAGACCGAAUGCUUCUUCGUGUCGGACACGCUUCGAGGCGACGAGACUACCGAGCUGCGCGUGCGCCUGCUCAAGCACCUCGAUGAAGAGGCGCCCAUCGCAGACGACUAG